GGGCGGGGCCGCGGGCGCAGGGCGGGGCCUAGGGAUUAGGCGGCGGCGGCUGGCGUGGGGCUGCUUAGAUGCGCCACGGCUUCGGUAGCGACCGGCUGUCCUCUGCUGCUUGAGCGGCGCCAGCACCUUCCCUAGGAGCUCGCAGCAGCCGGCUGGCCUCUGCUCCACGGUAACCAUGUGCGACCGGAAGGCGGUGAUCAAAAAUGCAGACAUGUCGGAAGAGAUGCAACAGGACUCGGUGGAGUGCGCUACUCAGGCGCUGGAGAAGUACAACAUAGAGAAGGAUAUUGCGGCCCAUAUCAAGAAGGAGUUUGACAAGAAGUACAACCCCACCUGGCAUUGCAUUGUGGGCCGAAACUUCGGUAGUUAUGUGACACACGAAACCAAACACUUCAUCUACUUCUACCUGGGUCAGGUGGCCAUUCUUCUGUUCAAAUCUGGUUAAAAGCAUGGACUGUGCCAAACUCCCAGUGAUCCAUCCAAAAACAAGGACUGCAUCCUAAAUUCCAAAUGCCAGAGACUGAAUCUUCAGCCCUGCUAAGGGAACACCUCGUUUGAAUCUGCUGUGUUUUGUACAGGGCCUCAUUCUCUGUACAAGUUUGUGGUUAUAAAAUUAGUAAAACAGCUUACAUUUGUAUUUAUUUUCUAGUCCAUACUUCUGUACCCGCAUUUUUUUCUCCCUUAGGUCAUUCCUUUAAAAAUAAAUCUGUUGGAGAUGUA